UACCUCGCUGAACGGCAAACAGCGCUCAGUCCAACAGAGUCCGCCUGAAGCGCAAUGCCUCGUUUUACUGUUCACAUCCGAGAUGAGUGGCUGGCAGUGCCAUGCCGGGAUACCACCAGCACCAUCCGGUGGCUCGGACAAGAGGCGCUAAAACGCUACAUAAAGAACAAACCAGACAACGGCGGCAUCACAGCCCUGAAGGACACGCGCUUCGUUGUGCGCAGGUGCCAGGGUCUGGGUUUGUUGGACGCGGAUGACACCAUCGAGGAUGUACUGGAGGAUAAUGACUUUGUCGAGCUUGCUAUUGAAGGAGAUACCAUGUCUCCUGACUUUAUCCCGUGUGAGCCUGGAGUUUCUCAUCUUACGGCAGCAUACAGAGAACCUGGAGAAUUUAUUUCCUUGGAUGGCAGCAGUCUGACAUCGACAGAUUUGGUCAACUUAGGCAAGGGACUCUACAAGAUAAAGCUGACUCCAGAGGCAGAAAGAAAAGUUGUGCAAUCAAGAGACCUUUUGGACACCAUUGUCAAAGAAAACAAAGUUGUCUAUGGAAUCACAACAGGCUUUGGCAAAUUUGCCAGAACUGUCAUUCCUGUCAGCAAGCUCAAAGAGCUGCAGGAGAACUUGGUGCGGUCACACUCAUCAGGUGUGGGAAACCCGUUGAGCCCGGAGAGGACUCGCAUGCUGCUCGCUCUGAGGAUCAAUGUUCUAGCUAAAGGGCACAGUGGGAUUUCUCUGGAAACCCUUCAUGCCAUGAUCCAGGCCUUCAACGCUUCCUGCCUUUCUUUUGUCCCAGAGAAGGGAACAGUGGGUGCUAGUGGAGACUUGGCGCCCCUCUCUCACCUGGCCCUGGGGCUGAUGGGAGAGGGUAAAAUGUGGUCUCCUAAGAGCGGAUGGGCAGAUGCCAAAUACGUCCUGGAGGCCCAUGGACUGAAGCCAAUAUCACUAAAGCCUAAAGAGGGCCUUGCUCUGAUCAAUGGCACCCAGAUGAUCACCUCUCUGGGGGCAGAGGCCGUGGAGCGAGCCCAGGCAAUCGCCCGGCAGGCAGAUAUCAUUGCUGCUCUCACCCUGGAGGUGCUAAAGGGGACCACCAAGGCUUUUGACAGCGACAUCCAUAUGCUGCGGCCCCACCCAGGACAGAUCGAGGUGGCCCAACGCUUCCGCUCUCUGUUGGACUCGGAUCACCAUCCAUCACAGAUUGCCGAGAGCCAUCGAUUCUGUGACAGAGUCCAGGAUGCCUACACCAUGCGAUGCUGUCCUCAGGUUCACGGAGUUGCCAAUGACACAAUCAAAUUUGUCCAGAACAUCAUCAACACAGAAAUCAACAGUGCUACUGACAACCCUAUGGUGUUUGCGGACAGAGGUGAGACCAUUUCAGGUGGGAACUUCCAUGGAGAAUAUCCAGCUAAGGCUUUAGACUUUUUAGCCAUUGCCGUCCAUGAGCUGGCCUCUAUUAGUGAGAGGAGGAUCGAGAGGUUGUGUAACCCCUCUCUGAGCGAGCUGCCUGCCUUUCUUGUCAACGAGGGAGGACUCAACUCAGGCUUCAUGAUUGCCCACUGUACUGCUGCUGCCUUGGUUUCAGAGAAUAAGGUUUUGUGUCAUCCAUCUUCUGUGGACUCUCUGUCCACCAGUGCUGCCACAGAGGACCAUGUAUCCAUGGGAGGCUGGGCUGCAAGGAAGGCCCUGAGGGUCGUAGAGCAUGUGGAGCAAGUUCUUGCUAUAGAGCUGCUAGCAGCCUGUCAGGGUAUUGAGUUCCUCCGCCCACUCCGUACUACCACUCCACUGGAGAAGGUCUAUGAACUCGUGCGCAGUGUGGUCAAACCGUGGAUUAAAGACAGAUUCAUGUCUCCAGACAUCGAAGCUGUUCACCGUCUCCUACUAGACCAGAAGGUGUGGAAUGUGGCCAAACCUUACAUUGACAAGUAUCAGACAGAGUACAUCCCCGAGUCCCGUCCCGUCUCUCCCACUGCCUUCUCCUUGGAGUCUCCAGCAUCACCGAGGAAGCGUGUCCGUCAUGAGUGAAAGCAUGUCCAAGAAAAUGUUGUUUUUUGUACUAAUAACUAAAAACAUUUACUGAGACUUUUGUGAAUUUUAAUGAAACGAUCAAAGAUUAUUUUGAAGAUCCCAUGUAGUUGAGAUUUGUACACUAAGUUCAUACUUUGAUUCCUGACAUUAAAGUUUUGAAUCCUU